UGCAUGGCCGCUCAGACGAAAGCAGAUCCGGAUGUUAAAUGAGGAAGCGGCGGAGUCGAAUGAUCGACGGUGCAUCUCCAGAGUUGGGCUCGAAUGGACCGAGCGUCUCCAAAACCAAGGGACCGCUCGACCAUAUCGACAUCGACAUGACUCUGCGCUUGACUUAGAUGGUAUUUCGCUUUUUCGUUCCAGUCAAGCAUUCAUUGGCGCAAUCCACUCGGCCGGCAGUUGCUCACUCACUCACUUGAUCUCUUAUAAUCUUCACUCGACCCGUACCUCUCGGCGGCAAGGCGACCCAUCGGACCCCGGCAACUGUACCACUUUCUUCGGCGACACCAUCCUUGACACCUUUGUACUUUGUUCCUUCAGCAUCCCUGUAUUCGCAUCACUUUCGCUCCUUUGUAACCAACACUCGCAUCUCUCCAUACACGCAUAUCACAACAGCGAAGGUCCAAGAAAUGGACGACAAGAUCUCAAUUACCAUCUGCGGCGACGGUGGUUGUGGCAAAUCGUCAAUCACCCUUCGCAUCGUACGCUCAGCCUGGACGCACGACUACGAUCCCACAAUUGAAGACUCGUACUCAGUCACCCGUACCAUCAAUGGCCAGACCUACUCCCUCUUCCUCACAGACACGGCCGGCCAGGAAGAAUACCGCGGCAUGUGGUCAGCUGCCAAUCUGACUUCGGACGCUUUCCUCCUGGUCUACGACAUUACAAACGCUCAGUCGGUCGAGAAUCUGGACUUCUUUGCCGAAUUGAUCGAGAUGGAGAGGGAGAAUAGACAAGAGCAGGGAAAGUGCUGGCCUGCCAUCAUGGUCGCUGGAAACAAGUGCGAUCUUCAGGGUCAAAGACAAGUCGGUGCGGCCGAGGGUUUGGAGUGGGCCAAGAGCAGAGGCUGUGGUUUCAUGGAGACUUCUGCGCGCGAGGUCGUUAACAUCGAGGAGACUUUUGCUUCAAUCGUCAAGCGCGUAGUAGAAGCCAGAGAACAACACGCAGCAGGCAUGCGCCCAAACUUCCCUUCCCUCGUCAACCCUACACCUCACAACCAGCGCAUCUCGGCAGCAACAGAAACACAACAAUCUGCACCUGCACCAAACAUCACUAGCGAGGCAGAGAAGCAGCGCUACUCAGAAUCCGAGUCUGCUGCUACAUCGCCUCAGAAGAAAAAGAAGAAAGGUGGUUUCUUCUCCAGCUUAAAGUGCUGGUAAAUAUACACAUCUUCGUACUGCAAGAUGUUUUGUUGAUCUCAACAAAAUGAGGGACAUAGAAGGUCGGACUGGUUUUUUUCUUUUCUUUUUCAUGGCUGGCGAUACCCAAUUCUGCGUUUUCUAUUUUGUUUUCAUUUCGUCUUUCUUUUGCUCUGUCUCAUAGCGGCUUUAUAUCUCUGCUUUACUCUCUUCGGUCCAUAUCUUGAAUUGUCGGACUUCAAUUCGCUUCUGAUUUACUCUUCACAGUCCAGACUCUUUCCCUGAACAGCCAUGGAAGCCCAUGAAGUAUAGUGUACCUGCCUGCACGCAAACACAACAUA